AGAAAUACCAUUUAAUAACUUAUUAUUAAUUUUCAUCAGACUACUUACUAUCCAAGAAAACUUUCUUUAUUUUCAGAGCAAGAAAAUCUUAUUCUAAUUUCAGAAUUAAUGCUGAAAACUCAAAUUUAAUUUGCUCGGGUCGUGGUCAAUUCGUCCGAAAAUCUUUUUCUUCUUAAAUUUUCUUCCAACCGAUCUGUUCAUAUGCUUCGUAUUUUCAAGUUUAACAGCGCAGUGCUUAGGGUUUAAGCAUUCCCAAUUCCCCAGAGUCUGAAGAAUUACUGUAGUUGAGGAGAGGUGCAUUUUGAACUGAUAAUGGCAAUGAGGAGGGCAUACUCCACGAAGUCUAUUUUGUCACCAUUGAAGCAAAUCACACAGCCUUAUGUUGGUCAUGGACUGAGAUCCUCUGUCAAUCCAGCACAGAGAUUUCAUUUGCAUUGGUUAGUCCAGUCUCAGUCGCAGACACCCCCACUCCGAUUUUCGCCUGCUUUUGGGAUUCCUGUUCGCACUUUUAGAAGUGGAAAACCUCGAGAUGAUCUCAGCAUUAGGUAUUGGGUCUCUCCGCCCACUAAUUGGGGCAUAAGGAUUGUGCCUGAAAAGAGUGCUUUUAUUAUUGAGCGAUUUGGGAAAUAUGUGAAGACUCUUGAUGCUGGCAUUCACAUUUUGAUACCUAUGGUUGAACGUAUUGCUUAUGUUCAUUCUUUGAAAGAGGAAGCCAUUCCAAUUCCAGACCAAUCUGCAAUCACAAAAGACAACGUCAGUAUUUCAAUUGAUGGGGUGCUUUAUGUGAAGAUAGUGGAUCCUAUUAGAGCAUCAUAUGGUGUUGAGAAUCCCAUUUUUGCUGUCAUUCAGCUUGCACAGACAACCAUGCGUAGUGAACUGGGUAAAAUCACUUUGGACAAAACAUUUGAAGAAAGAGACACUCUUAAUGAAAAUAUUGUGAGAUCUAUCAAUGAAGCUGCAAGUGACUGGGGUUUAAAGUGUUUAAGAUAUGAGAUAAGGGACAUAUCUCCACCACUAGGUGUAAAGGCAGCCAUGGAGAUGCAGGCAGAGGCAGAACGUAAAAAGAGAGCCCAAGUUCUGGAGUCUGAAGGAAUAUGCCAAGCAAAUAUCAAUAUUGCAGAUGGAAAGAAAACCGCAGCUAUACUGGAAGCACAAGGUAAAGCUGAAGCUAUAGUAGCUAGAGCUGAUGCUACAGCAAAGGCUAUAAUAGCUAGAUCUAAUGCAACAGCAAAGGGAAUUAGAAUGCUUUCAGAAUCUAUUCAAUCAAAUGGUGGAGUAGAGGCUGCGAGUCUGAGGAUUGCUGAACAAUAUAUUCAGGCAUUCAGUAAGAUUGCAAAGGAGGGAACAACAAUGCUGCUUCCAAGUAAUGUUGCCAAUCCUGCGAGUAUGAUGGCACAAGCAUUGUCCAUUUACAAAGGUGUUGUUGGAGGUAAAUCCCCUAAUGGACAUGAUGCUACAGUGCCAAAAGUGCAAGAGAAGAACACACAAUUAAAAGAUGACUCAGAACAUAUUGCAGAGGAAGAUAUUGACAGCUUGGGUUCAGAUAGCAAAAGCAUGGAUUAUUCACGAGAUAAAAGUGGUCCAAAUCUCAUGCCUCCUGUUCAAGGUUUUAGCCUUCAGAGUUCAAAAGAGUAACUAAACUAAUUUGAUCUUCGAGAAAUUGCCACUUUUGUGGAUGCUCAUUUAUGAGGUUUCGCCAAGAAACCAAAUUUUGCCAUUCCAUUUUUUCUUCCAAUUUUACUUGCAAUGUAGUGUGGUAUACUUGGGAAUCUAAACCUUUCAGAUUUAUCUUUAAGGCUUGAGAAAUUCUUUUCAGCUUACCAAUCAAAUUUUGUAAAGACCGACUUCUGAAAGUUUAUUGGAAAUAAAAAAAUGUGGAGAAAUUCAUGGUGUUUA